AUGGGCUCCCUACCAUCGACGGAUGAUGACUUCUGCUCUUUACUCUCCAAACUCACAAUCCAAGAAAAGAUCACACUCUUAUCCGGUCAAGACUUUUCUACGAUCGCUGGUGUUUCAAGACUGAACAUCCCGCCGAUCAGGGUCGCUGACUCAACCUCUGGCAUUCGACCUUCGGGCAUUGAAGCGAACCUUACAACUGCGUCCUUCCCUAACACGACUUGUUAUGGAUCAACAUGGGAUUCUGAACUAAUGUUCCGUGUUGGCACGCAUCUUGCCAAACAAGCGCGAACGAAAGGAGCCCAAGUUGUCCUUGGGCCAACCAUCAACAUCCACAGGGACCCUCGAGCUGGCAGAAACUUUGAGUGUUUUAGUGAGGAUCCACUGCUCUCCGGAGAACUGGCGGCCGCGCUUGUUAACGGCGUCCAGUCUCUGGGUGUUGGGUCCUGCCCAAAGCAUUUCGUAUGCAACGACUCGGAGACUUUGCGACGAUAUUAUAAUGUGCAAGAAUCCGUGGAUGACCGCGCUCUCCGAGAGAUCUAUCUUGCGGCAUGGCAGCAGCUAUUGCGUUCAUCUAAUCCUGAAGGGAUAAUGACUGCAUACAACAAGGUUGACGGUCGUUUCUGUAGCGAAAACUCGUCUUUGACGCAGCGGGUCUUGCGAGACGAAUGGAAAUUCAAAGGCCUUACUAUGUCGGAUUGGUUCGGCACUCAUGCAACGACUGAGCCAGUCAAGGCUGGUCUGGACAUCGAGAUGCCCUUUCCUGUUUUCAGAGGAGACAAACUCCUGGCAGCAGUAAAGUCAGGAUCCGUCACAGAGACUGAGAUUGACACUUUGGCCUUGAGAGCUCUCGAACUUCGCAAUCGGACCCGAGCUGCUCUCGAGUAUACCGACGAACGGUCUGAAGUGGACGAGGAGACGAACAAACUUGCUCGAGAAGUUGCGACGAGCGGAAUGGUCCUUCUUAAGAAUGAGAAUGAUGCCUUGCCGAUGAAAGCAAAUCAAUGUACGCGCAUAGCUCUCAUUGGCCAAUAUGCUUCCGACCCCGUUAUUACCGGAGGUGGCAGCGCAUCGUCUAUACCUCAAUACCGACACUCUCCGUUGGACAUCUUGAAGAAGAGACUACCCGGUAUGGUGCAAUACUCUCCAGGCGUGCGGACUCGAAGGAUUAUUCCUAUCGCACCACGCGAGAAGCUCGCAUCGCUAGGAGAAAGGCCUGGUGUCCUCGUUAAAUACUAUAAUGCGGGAGACCCCAAGCCAGUACUCGAGGAGUUCCAGGAAGAAGCAAAUGUCUGGAUGCUCGGCGAGUUUCACAAGAAGAGGUUGAAUCCUGUUGGUUCGCACCUCGAGAUGCGAACCAAGCUCACACCAGAUACCUCUGGCAGGCAUACAUUGGCUGUUAGAUGUACAGGUGCAUUCUCCUUGUUCAUCAAUGGUCGUCAAGUUCUUUCAGGCCAAGAGGCGAAUGUGACGACAGAGCAAUUCAUAUUUAAUCACACCUUGCUAGAAUCCCGUGUGGAAGUUUCUAUGGACGCCGGGGUUCCGUACAAUAUUCAUCUGGACAUGGCGGGCCCUUCGAAAAUUCAAGUUGGUGAGCCGACUCCAUAUGCGGCGGCUCUGUGCUUCGAAGAAUGUUCUUCCGAAGAUGAUGCGAUUGCGAAGGCUGUUGAGAUAGCACGAUCUGCCGACGAGACUAUUAUCUACGCUGGAAGGAAUGAUCAGUACGAGUCGGAAGGGUUCGAUCUUGAAGAUAUCCGCAUGCCGGAGAACCAGACGAAGCUGAUCAAGGCCGUAGCAGCAGUUGCCAAGAAGACGAUCCUGGUCAUGCAUUGUGGAAACCCGAUUGAUGUCAGUGCUUUCAUCGACAGUGUAGACGCUGUUCUUCUUGCUCAUUUUCCUGGCCAAGAGGGUGCGGCCGCGACUGUACAGCUCCUUUUAGGUGAUGUUUGUCCCAGCGGGCGGCUUGCGACAACGUGGUUCAAAACCUUACAGGACUGCCCCAGUUACGGUAGCUUCCCUGCCCAAGAGUCAGUGGAUGGAGAUCCAUAUCUUAGAUACGUUGAGGGUGUUGCAGUUGGCUACCGUGCUCCAGAUUGCAAAGAUAGAGCCAGGUGGCUUUUUGGAUAUGGUUUGUCGUACACAACAUUUAGCCACAGCAACCUGAAUGUUUUCGUGGAUGAGUCAUGCGAGCCCAAGAAACUCAGAUGUGUUCUGGACGUCCAAAAUACAGGCACGGUCUGUGGAUACGAGGUUAUCCAUGUCUUCGUUAAGCCGUGUGAGACAACGAAGGUAUGGAGACCAGACCAAGAACUCAAGGGAUUCACAAAGGUUUCUCUGGAGCCUGGUGAGAGCCGGCAGUUUGAGGUGCAUAUGGACUUGGACAUAGCCUGCAGCUAUUGGGAUGAUCAAGAGAGGACUUGGAGACUUGAAGCAGGUGUGUAUGGAGUUGUUGUGGCGGAUCAGGUGACAAGAUUUACCAUUAGUAACAGCUCGACCUGGAAUAAGCUAUAG